ACUAGCGGGAGGAAGCAUGGCACCGGUGACCAGUGUAUCCCGCCCAUCCCGAGCCCGGAGGACGUCCUCGCUCUCCCACACGUCCAGCCUGUGCCCCUUCUGUCACGAGCCCGAAGGGAGAAACAGGAACUUGGCCUCGGAGAAUCUUACAGAAACGGCGACGUUACCAUGCAAGUACCGCGUCAAGGGCUGCGCUGCCUUCCUCCUAAUCGCAGCCAAGAAGGCGCACGAAGACUCCUGCGAGUACGGGCCGUGUCCUUGCGUGCUCGGCACGAAGUCAUGCAAGUGGCGAGGACCUCUGCAAGAAGUCGUGGACCACAUUCUUCGCUCUCACGACUUCAUUCCACGGUUGCAAGGCGAGAAUCUUGUCCUCACCGCGACGCACUUCAACCGCGCCGAGGCCUUCUGCUGGGUGGCGCUGCAGUCGUGCCUGGGCCGCGACUUCGUCGUGAUGCUUAAGAAGAGGAACAACUAUCACGACCACUUCUUCGGCGUCGUCCUGCUGGUGGGCUCGAGCGACGAAGCGCGGCGCUUCGUAUACCGCCUGCGGCUCUGCGGCGCCGAACACCGGCUCACCUGGGAGGCCAAACCCCGGAGCCUGCACUCCCGGGCCGAGACGGUCAAGAGCGGCGACGGCCUUACCUUCGACAUGGGCACCGCUGAGCGGCUCAGCAAUGGCACCGACCUGAACGUGGACGUGACCAUUAGUCUCGCAUCUUUGAGCUCUGAUAUUGAGCUGUAGACACGUGGGGGCAUGACCGGCUGGCAAAAUCAGAAAGUUAGCAUGAUAAACUAUGUAUUCCAGAAUCGUGCAAGACGUCAUAUAUGAUCUUCUGUUGCGGGACGAUUCGCGCCAUAAGUUUGUGCACUUUACGAUAUAUUUAAUCGCUAACCACCUCUACAGCGUCGCCGAUCUCGAGAUGAGCCCUUGAGCGGCCAUUGCGAGAGACAUUGAGGAAUCGCCGCUGAAUGAAAAUUGGAGAUGAUCUUUGGGGUGCCGUGUUUAAGAUUGCUAUGUGACGGCGGAUGACAUAAUGCGUGUUAAUGCGUGUUAGCCUAAAUUCAUUGGGACGUUUGCUGUUUUUUUAUAGAUAAAAUAGAUGAGUAUCUGAAUGCGGCGGUGAGGUGGCACAAGCUUAUAGAUCGAUAUGAAUAAUUAGUGCAUAUUGUAGUGCCAA